GUCGUGCGGAGGUGCCCGGGUCGCUGCUGCGCCUGGAGCAUCCCGGAGCGGAGGUCCCGGGUCCCGGCAGCUUCGCGGCGCUGGGUGUGUGGCUUGGGGACUGGCCUGUAGAGAACACGAGUCCCAGACCAAGAAGUCUGCAGAAGUCUUGCUAAUUUUCCUUCCCCAAACCAGAGCAUACUGUUGCGCACUAACUUUGUAUCUCGAGAAUGAAGCAAUUAAUUCAGUUCUAAGGUUUGAAAAUAUUUUGCAGGCAAGAGUCACGUGCCAGGGGGAAUGGCUGGGGUGAGUGAGUAGAACCUAUCUACCUCCUGCCUAGUUUUCAGUGACUGGAGUAGAUGGCCUGACCCUUCUGCUUUUGCACUUCAGAAAGGUCAGGAACUUACAGACAGGGCACCCGUGGUGUUUUUGGUGUGUGCUGAGGUCAGCAGUGCGGGUCAGGCUCUCGUGGGUCUGUGUUUUCAUGCUUGUACUGCUCUGGGAGCUAGUUUUCUCAUUCCUUCCCCUUCUGCUGUGCUGUUAUUCCUGCCAUUGUGUUAACAGGACUUUUAUUUCUCUGUGUCUGCUUUUUUAGGGUGCAAUUCUGUGUUAGGCUCAAUCCAAUUUAACUGUUGUUCAAAGGUUAAUUUCCAGUAAGUGCCACAUUGUUACGCUGGGUUGUUGUUUUUUUUUUUUUUUGUUGCUGUUGUUUGUGGAUGGGGUUAUUUUUUUGCUUGGCAUCUACUUAUUGUGUUUGCAAGAUUAGCUGGUUAACCCAAUCUUUUGGAAGACUUAUUUUUGGUAGGGAAUCUAUCUCAUGGAGCAGCUAGCUGAGGCAAGAGAUCUGACAGCCUAGCCAUCACUAGAUUUUGUAAGAGGAUGGUGCUGGAAGAUGGGUUUGGAGGAAGGGAAAGAAGGUGAAAAUUUUGUGCUGUUUUGUGUGGAAACAGCCUGGUUUGGAUUGGAUUAGAUUAACGUGGAGCUGUUCUGUUCUUUCUAUUCCUGUCCCCAAAAGGCCUUUUGCCUAAGCAGAAACCAAAACUUUCUGAUGCCUCUCAUCCUAGUAGUGUUUCAGGAGGAUUCUGUUUAUGCCAGAACCUGAUUUUAAGGAGAUCCCAACAAAAAUGCUAGGUAUCUUAAGAAUCAGUGCUGCUGUUUAGUAAUGAAAUAGCACAAAGUUGGAAGCCAGGUUUCUCCUGGUGCAGCUUUUAAGAGUAAGAGUGUGUUCUACAGUGAAGAUGAACCUUGUUUACCUUCUCUCUCUCACUGGCACUAGCUCACAAAUGAGAUAAUUUAAUUUACUAAACUGUCAGAAAAGGAUGUUUAAGGUAGUUUUUCUGCAAAGUUAACAAACUAAUUGAGCACCAGAAGUGAGGUAAAUGCUGGGACGAACCUGCACAGGGAAGUGGAGGGUGGGCAAGAGAAUAGAAGUUGUCUCCUAAUGGUACCUGAGCUUCUGGAUAACUUGGUAUAUGUGUGUAACUUCACUCUGAUUUGCAUUUUAAUCUCAUUUGAAGUAUUUAAUUAUCUACCACAGAUUCUUUCUUUAAAAAACUCUGUAUCCUCUCCCUUCUUUAUUUACUUAUUUUCAGGCUUCAUUUAUUUUAUGUGUUGCUGUCCCCUGUGGAAGAUCUUUAAGAUAAUAGUCUUCUCUAGCGCUUUUAUGUUCUAGAUAGGCAUAUUGACCAGCUGUUUCUUGCUGUAACAAGAGUUGUGCCUGAAGACAUCAUUGGCCAGUUAGGAUCAUAGAAUGAUUUUGAUAGGAAUGGACCUUGAAGAUCAUCUAGUUCCAAACACCCUGCCACAGGCUGGGAUACCUCCCACUAGACCAGGUUGCUCAAAGCCCCAUCCAGUCUGUCCUUGGAAAACUUCCAGGGAUGGGGUAUCCACAACUCCUCUGGGCAACCUGUUCCAGUGUCACACCACCCUCAUGGUGAAGAAUUUAUUCCUAAUAUCUAAUCUAAGUGUCCUCUCUUCCACUUUGAAACCAUCCCCUCUUGUCUUAUCACUACAAAUUGUUGUUUAAAGUCUUUACCCAGCUUUCCUGUAGGCCACCCUCAGGUACUGGAAGGCCACUAUAAGGUCUCCCCACUCUGUGGGACUCUGCACUGUGGGGCCCAAAACUGUACACAGUACUCAAGGCCUCACCAGUGUCACAGGGACAGUCACUUUGCUAGUCCCGCUGGCCACACUAUUCCUGAUACAAGCCAGGAUGCUGUUGGCGUUCUUAGCCACCUUGACACACUGCUGCUGGCUCAGACAUUAACCCAGUGACACAUUAGUGGGUUUAUGUGGAUUGUAUCAUAUUUGUGUUGGUGCCUGGAAUGAGCUUUGAUGAACAAACAGGAUAAAGGCUGUAAUAGUGAUUUUCUGGGGAGGUUUUCUGACCAGUCCAUCUCAAGCACAUGUAGAGGUGCACAGUUGAAACAUGUAUACAUGGGGUGAAGAAGCCCCAGUGCCAGAGUUGGCUGGCAACUUUCAGAAGAGAAGCUGCAUUCUACAGGUACUUGCUCCCAUUGAUUAUUCUUGAGGAACACCUUUUUCUUCUGUCAGUUGCCUGGCUUAGGGCAAGAGUGGUCAGUUAGGGUCUCCCUGGAGCCUUCUCUUCUCCAGGCUGAACAACCCCAACUCUCCCAGCCUGUCUUCAUAGGAGAGGGGCUGCAGCCCUCUGAUCAUCUUUGUGGCCCUCCUCUGGACUUGCUCCAGGAGUUCCAUGUCCUUCUUAUGUUGGGGGCUCCAGAACUGGACACACUGGAGGGCAGAGGGAUGCAUGGGGAAGCUAGGACUGGAGCAGCAGCUAUCUGCUUGUCAGUUACAGAGUUUUCCAGAUUUCCAGGAGUGGAUUUGGAGCAGCAGUUCCAUGAUGUAGCCAUUUAGCCUUUGCAGUGGUAGUGCUGUUUCCCUACUUUAAAGUAGUCUGCCUCCCUUAACACCUUUCCAAAAUCAAAAUGUUGUCAAUUGAGACUGUUGCACCUUUUUUUCUGCUGCACUGGUCUGUUUGUUUAUGCACCUAGAAAAAGUUGUGUUUGGUGGGGGCUGUGAAGCUCGAAAUCUCUGGAUUUGGAAAGGUGUAGAUACAGGGGCUAUGCCCGUGAUACAGAAUCCUGAAAGCCUAUGUGUCUCCUUUAGAGGUCUCUUAGGUAGUUUUCAGGUGAGCCAGCUGGUACGUUGGAAACAAACAGGCUGCCAGUCUUGUUUAGACUAUUGGAAGCUUUUUUUUUUAUCUUAUAUGGAAUGAUAUACUUCUUAAAAAGAUAUUUUUUUUUUUCCCAGUAGAAUUUGGGUGAAUGAAUCUAAUAACUGAAGUUAUUCAGUGAUUUCCCUCUUGUGACUUGAAUCCCUAGUACCAUUAUACCCUGUAUAGCCCAUGUUUCUUACUGUAGGAGACUCCCUGAUCAUCCCAAUAUAUUACUCUUCUGCUAAGCACUCUUUUCAGUCUCAGUUCUCUUCCUCUUGGCUGAUGAAAGCCUUCACUAGACACCUUUCUCAGUCCUGUGGUUCACUGCAAAUCUCUGCUGCUGGAAGAUCUCUCAAGAUCUCUUUAGCAGCUUUGCCUUCACAAGUAUUGCCAGUGAACCCUUCAUCCACUCUGCUUCUGACUCCAUUCCUCCUGAAAGCAACUUGCCACACAGAUCCCAGCUUUCAGUAUAAUAUUAAAGUUGCAGUCUGUCAGGAACAGCAAGUAGCUGGAAGAAAGAAAUAGUUGAGGGCUGGCAGCUAAAUUAGAAGGAGUUAGUAUAUCUACAGUCAGACAGGGGAGCUGUGGGAUAAUUACACCUCUUGUAGGACUGGAGGAAGAGCGGAUCAGAAGUUGCCAAAGUUCAGUGGGAGACAGGAAGCACAGUGCAAUUUGCUUCGGUUCACUAGCCUUGAUGGAGAACUGAUCCAGUGUGUAACCAAAUGAUUGUCUGAAUGAGCUGCAGCUGCUUGCUUACCGUGAUGCAUUUUUAAGAAAUCAGGAUGCUGUAGCUUCCAACUGUAGCAUGGCAAUAAAAAUACAAGAAUGUGUGCAUUACAUUUCUGUCUGUGGUAAUAGAAAUUAAAACCAUGAGUAUAAUUUCUGGGUAAUUUCAGAAUCUCAGUGUCAUUUGUCCUCUGUGUUGUAGCAAGAAGUCCCCUGUGCAAGAAGCCUGGUACCAGGAUAUUCCAGUGUAAAAGCUGUAUAGUGCACUGAAAUCUGGUUUGGUUAUUUCUCUAGCCUGACUUAGUUUCCGAUUCUGUCAAUGUAGAUCUUGAGUCUGUUUCAGCCUGAGCUGCUGGGAUCCUGUCACCAUGGAGACUGAAAGUGAGCAGAACUCUAGCUCCACUAGUGGGAGCUCCAGUUCUGGAGGAAGCACCCGUCCUCAGAUAUCACAGAUGUCUCUCUAUGAGCGGCAGGCAGUACAGGCCCUGCAAGCACUCCAGAGACAGCCCAAUGCAGCCCAGUACUUUCAUCAGUUUAUGCUCCAGCAGCAGCUUAGCAGUGCCCAGCUUCAUAGCCUGGCUGCUGUCCAGCAGGCUACAAUUGCAGCCAGUAGACAUGCCAGCUCCCCCAACACCAGCACCCCACAACAAACCACCACCACCCAGGCCUCUAUCAAUCUAGCCACCACAUCAGCAGCUCAGCUGAUCAGUCGGUCACAGAGCGUGAGUUCCCCCAGUGCUACAACCCUGACACAGUCUGUGCUCCUUGGAAAUACCACCUCACCACCUGUCAAUCAGUCACAGGCCCAGAUGUAUCUCCGGGUAAACCGGACCUUGGGCCGCAAUGUGCCUCUUGCCUCCCAACUCAUCCUGAUGCCCAACGGGGCUGUGGCCGCUGUCCAGCAGGAGGUGCCACCCACUCAGUCUCCUGGGGUCCAUGCAGACACAGACCAGGUACAGAACUUAGCUGUGAGGAGCCAGCAGACCUCGGCCACCAGUACCCAGCUCCAAGGCUCUGCUCAGAAGGCAGCUCUGCCAGGCAGCUCCCAGCCUUCAGGCUUACCACAGGCCACCAGCACAGGCCAGACCUUGGCGGUGGCUCAGGCCUCCUCUGGCAGCCCAGGCCAGUCCCUCAACUUGAGCCAGGGGGCAGCAGGCAGCAAUGUCUCUGGGGGUGUGGUGACAAGUGGUGGGAGCCAGACCUCCUCUGCAGGAGCUGCUGGCAGUUGCCAAAGGAAAGGCACAGGAGUUGUUCAGCCAUUACCGAUAGCAGCUGCCCAGGCCGUGACUGUCAGCCAGGGAAGCCAGACAGAGACAGAAAAUGCAGGCACAAAGAAGGGCGAAACAGACAGUGGUGGACAGCAAAUGGUGGGCAUGAACCUGACCAGGACAGCCACACCAGCACCCAGCCAGACACUGAUCAGCUCAGCGACAUAUACACAGAUCCAGCCCCACUCGCUGAUCCAGCAGCAGCAGCAGAUCCACCUGCAGAAGCAGGUGGUAAUCCAGCAGCAGAUUGCCAUUCAUCACCAGCAGCAGUUCCAGCACCGCCAGUCCCAGCUCCUCCACACAGCCACCCAUCUUCAGCUGGCCCAACAGCAGCAACAGCAGCAAGCACCAUCUCUGACCCAACAGCAGCAGCAAGCUCAGCCUCCACAGCAGCAGGCUCCACCUCAAAGCCAGCAGCAGGCUCAGACCCUUGUGGUGCAACCUAUGUUGCAGUCCCAGCCACAGCCUGUGCAGCUCCAGCAGGACAAUUCUUGCCAGCCAGCCACCAAGUCACCUGUUCCUGUUCAGUCAAAAUCUCUGGUCACCCCCAUCAAACCACCUCAGCUUGGGCCUACUAAAAUGUCAGCAACACAGCAGCCUCCACCACACAUCCCAGUGCAGGUGGUUGGUACUCGGCAGCAGGGCUCAGGCCAAGCCCAAGCACUGGGUUUGGCUCAGAUUGCUGCAGCAGUGCCGACAUCCCGGGGAAUGCCAGCUGUGGUCCAGCCUGUUUCCCAAGCCCAUGCUGCUUCCCCGUCCUCAUCUGCAGCUCCAGCAUCCUCACAGGAAGCUCCUCCUCUCACCACAGGGGUGAAUUUGGCACAAGUUCAAGGCACAGCCCACAUGGUGAAGAGCCCAGCCUCCUCUCCAGUUGUGGCUCAGAUGCCAGCAGCAUUCUACAUGCAGUCUGUCCAGUUGCCAGGCAAGUCUCAGACCUUAUCGGUAAAGCGCAAGGCAGAGUCAGAGGAGGAGAAGGAGGAGUCACCCAGUGUCACUGCCCUCCUGCCUGCCAGGUCCUCUCCUGUGAGAGACAGCCCAAAAAGGAUGGAGGAGAAGAGUGGCCUUGGAGAGAAAUCUGAUCCUGCUGCCAUUGCAACCCCAAACACCACCUCAAGUGAAGGAGCAUCAGUCACCCCCACCUCUGCUUUCACCCCAAACCUGGCAAUGGUGUCACGACAGAUGGGAGACUCCAAACCUCCACAAGCCAUUGUGAAGCCCCAGAUCCUCACACACAUCAUUGAAGGCUUUGUCAUUCAGGAAGGAGCAGAGCCUUUUCCGGUGGGUUGCUCUCAGCUGCUGAAAGAGUCUGAGAAACCACUGCAGGGAAAGGCUCCUUCUGGCCAGAGUGAAAACCUGUCCGGCAAUUCUCCAGGAGAGGACAAUGCUUCUAUUGAUCUUGAUAAGAAGGCAAACUUGCUGAAGUGUGAAUACUGUGGGAAGUAUGCCCCAGCAACUCAGUUCCGUGGCUCCAAGAGGUUUUGUUCCAUGACCUGUGCUAAAAGAUACAAUGUCAGCUGCAGCCAUCAGUUCCGGCUGCAGAGAAAGAAGAUGAAGGAAUUCCAGGAAGCUAACUACGCUCGUGUGCGCAGGCGGGGACCACGGCGCAGCAGCUCUGAAAUCGCUCGAACAAAGAUCCAGGGCAAGCGCCACAGGGGCCAAGAAGACUCAAGUCGAGGCUCUGAUAACUCCAGCUAUGAUGAAGCUUUGUCUCCUACAUCUCCAGGACCCCUGUCAGUAAGGGCCAGUCAUGGAGAGAGGGACCUGGCAAACUCUAGUAUGGCCCCACCUACCCCAGAUCUACAUGGCAUCAACCCAGUCUUCCUCUCCAGCAAUCCCAGUCGUUGGAGUGUGGAGGAAGUGUAUGAAUUCAUUGCAUCAUUGCAAGGGUGCCAGGAGAUUGCUGAGGAGUUUCGGUCACAGGAGAUUGAUGGCCAGGCCCUGUUGCUUCUGAAGGAGGAACACCUUAUGAGUGCCAUGAACAUCAAGCUGGGACCAGCUCUCAAAAUCUGUGCCAAGAUCAAUGUCCUCAAGGAGACCUAACAGCUCUGAAGCCAGAAAUCUCACUUUUACUCUGACCACAGGGCAGCUGCCAGUUCUGGAGCAUCCUGCUGGAGUGGGGAAGAAUGGGGCAGUCCCCUUUGGGUUUGUCUUCAAGAAGAGUGAGAAGGAAGUGAACUGAUUGAAAUUGCCAUGCACAAGCCCUUGCCUUGGUCUCUUAAUGGUGCUACAUGGGGGAGGAACAGUCCCACCUGGGACCUUGAAACAUCUUUCCUUCUUCCUGAUUUUAAAUACACCUCUCCCAUAUACCACAAAAGACAGGAUCUCUUUCUGUCUUAGCAGGUAUCUGAAAGGGAACUGCCCUUGCCCCUUUUUGCUUCAGCAGGUCUGCUAGAUCUUAGCUUUGAAUCUUGCUAUGCCAGAACUUGAGGUGUAGUAAGAGCUGGCCCCAUGCAGACAGUAGGAGCAGCUGUGCUGGGGGCAUUUAGGAAGGGGAACUAGUAAAUUCCAAGUAACAGAGGUGGACAAACAAGAAUUUGAGCAAAAGGAGUUGCUGCUGUUCCACUCUUUUAAGAAAAACACCUAGGCUGUUUACGAACUGGGUUUAAUAGCCAUUCCAGCAUGCUUACCAAACUUGAAGGCCCAUGGCAAUAGGAGCUGCCUUACCUUUACUGUAGAGGUGCUGUGAAGACAAGUGUUGUGGCAGCUACUCACUCUAGAUGCUCCUCUCUGAACCAGUCAGAGGAGUAUUUCUCCUGAGUACUUAUGACAAGGUGAUGGAAAAAUCCAAGGGGAGAGGGAAUAUCUUACAUUAGGGAACCCUGCAGCACUAGGUUUGUCUCCUCAUUAUGCUAGAGCAUAAUUUACAGAUCCAAAGCAGUGUCCAGAAGCGCCAAGGCUCUUCAUAAAGUGGGCUGGGGUUUUAAUAUUUUUUUAAAUGUUCUUUUAUCCAUUUGUAUUAUUUUUGUCUGUCUUCAUUAUCCUCAGGAGAGCUUAUGGGACAAAGUUUAAGCUAGCAGGGUUGUAUCACCUGCCUCAGGCUAUUUUUGUUUGUUUGUUGCUGCUGUAAAACAAAUAUUUCUCUUCCUCAGUUAAAAAAAACAAAACCAAACAAAACAUACCCUCCAACAAUUGAAUACUAAUGCUUUAAUGCUCCUCCUCCUUUUUAAGGGGUAGAAUUACAUUAUAAAGUCCUUCCCUUUUGGCCUCCACAGGUUUGGGUUGUUAUUUUAAGGACCAAAUGUGGUACUCAGAAAUUUUGUAAUCAGAUUGCCAAAGGUGAAAAGAUGGGCAGAGUUCUUCCAGAAGCACCUCUGCUUCAAACAAACAGGAAGAAAUUACACAAAGUGUGAAGAGAAAGGUGCCCCUAGAGUCAAAUACCUGAAAGCAAGAUAAUUUUAAAAACCAUGUGUCUCAGCUUUUCUGUUUUCAGAAGUUUCAUGUGAAUAUUUAAGUGAAAUUAAGACUGUUCUGUGUGGAAAGCACCUACUGUUGCUGGAAAGCUGUAGUGGCAUGGGAGGAGGCCUAAUAGAAUAGGUAGGAAAACAUUAGCUAUCUUUGGAAUGGGCUCUUUAUUGACCCAUGUUAGAAAGAAAGAGGGAGAGUGCUUAAACAUGGAUAAAAAUAUGGUAACAGCUUCCUAGUCCUAACUGUAUUGUUGAAUCUCACUUGAAUGACAUCCUUGUUGCCUUGAGAGAAGACUUCUGAGGCUUCUUGAAUGAAAAUAAGCUUCCUAAAGGAAGCUGCCCAUGCUGGCACCAAUUAUAUUAUUUGAUCUGAGGAAAUUUGGGGGCAGGGACAGGGACGUUAGAAUCUAACAAACAGCAAUCAAGAAAGGAAGGCUACCCUUUAAACCAUUUUAUCCAUCGCAGGCUGGGUAUGAUAGAACUGUUUAGUUUGACCCUUUGCAGCGUAGGCAGGCAAGGCAUCUAGCCUGUCCACAUUACUAGCUACUUCUGAGAAACAGAUUUUAUUUCAGUUAAAGGGGAAGGCUUCGUUUCAUCUUCAAUAUUCUUAAUAAAAAAACGCUUGUUCAGGC